ACGUGUUCCCCGAGAGUCCUUCGUGUUCUCCUCUGAAAGCCAGAUAAAUUCCAGCCGCUGAGAGCUGCCUACUUGCCCUGAACUCACUACUGUUCUGUUUGUGUACUCCUCCGUCUCCACAGCGACACAGAUGGAGGCCGCCGAGGUAGCCGGCGCCCUCCUCUUCCUCCUCGCCGCCGCCGCCUCCGUCGCCGCCGCCGUCUUCACCGGCGCCGUCGACUUCACCUACCUCGUCACAGCUGUCGGCGAGGGAUCGCCGUCGCCGGGGAGCGGGGCGGCGUGGUGGCGCGAGGCGUGGGUUCGGGUGCGGUCGGGCGCGGUGGCGCCGGCGCUGCAGGUCGGCGUGUGGGCGUGCAUGGUGAUGUCGGUGAUGCUGGUGGUGGAGGCCACCUACAACUCCGCCGUCAGCGUCGCCGCCAGGCUCGCCGGCUGGAGCCCGGAGCGGCGGUUCAGGUGGGAGCCCCUCGGCGGCGGCGCCGACGAGGAGAAAGGAGAGGAUGCUGCUGCUGCUUACCCCAUGGUCAUGGUCCAGAUUCCCAUGUUCAAUGAGCUCGAGGUCUACAAGUUGUCAAUUGGAGCAGUUUGUGAGCUCAAGUGGCCAAAGGAGAGGCUGAUAAUCCAAGUGUUGGAUGAUUCCACGGAUUCAUUCAUCAAGAAUUUGGUUGAGAUGGAAUGUGAGGAUUGGGCAAACAAAGGUCUAAACAUUAAGUAUGCCACCAGAAGUGGCCGAAAAGGGUUCAAAGCGGGAGCCUUGAAGAAGGGAAUGGAGUGGGACUAUGCCAAGCAAUGUGAAUAUAUUGCCAUAUUUGACGCUGAUUUCCAGCCAGAACCGGAUUUCCUUCUCAGAACUGUCCCAUUCCUCAUGCAUAAUCAGAAUGUUGCACUUGUACAAGCUCGCUGGGUUUUCGUGAAUGACAGAGUAAGCCUACUGGCAAGGGUACAGAAGACAUUCCUUGAUUACCACUUCAAAGCCGAGCAAGAGGCAGGGUCAGCUACAUUUGCCUUCUUCAGUUUCAAUGGGACUGCUGGUGUAUGGCGCAGAGAAGCUAUCAAUGAUGCAGGAGGCUGGAAGGAUCGAACUACAGUUGAGGACAUGGACUUGGCUGUCCGGGCAACCUUAAAGGGCUGGAAAUUCAUCUAUUUAGGGGAUGUCAGAGUAAAGAGUGAGCUUCCAUCCACUUACAAAGCAUACUGCCGACAACAGUUCCGGUGGUCUUGUGGCGGCACAAACUUGUUUCGAAAGAUGAUAUGGGAUGUCUUGGCUGCCAAGAAAGUGUCAUCCUUAAAGAAGAUCUACAUGCUGUAUAGCUUCUUCCUGGUGAGGAGAGUUAUUGCCCCUGCCGUUGCGUUUAUUCUCUACAAUGUUAUCAUCCCUGUGUCGGUCAUGAUCCCAGAACUCUUCCUGCCAAUCUGGGGCGUUGCCUAUAUUCCUACAGCACUCUUGAUUGUCACUGCCAUGAGAAAUCCAGAAAAUCUGCACACAGUACCGCUGUGGAUUUUAUUUGAGAGCGUCAUGUCCAUGCAUCGCUUGAGAGCUGCAGUAGCUGGUCUGCUGCAGCUGCAAGAAUUUAACCAAUGGAUUGUGACACAGAAAGUGGGGAAUAAUACUUCCAACGAGAAUAAUGAGACCCCAUUGCUUCAAAAAUCCAGGAAACGGUUAAUAAACAGGGUCAAUAUUCCUGAGAUAGGAUUAUCGGUGUUCCUCAUCUUCUGUGCAUCCUACAACCUUGUCUUCCAUGGGAAGAACAGCUUCUAUAUAAACCUCUAUCUCCAAGGAUUAGCCUUCUUCUUUCUUGGGCUUAAUUUUGUUGGCACUCUACCAGGCCAUUGCUGCUUCUGACAAAUCAAAUCAAUCUGCCAACAUUUCGCCUAUCUCAUAUGUGAUUCUUUUCUGGGUUUAAAUUUCUUCAGAAAGCAUUCCAGGUUCUAGAGUAUACGUCACAGCAGGUGUUGAUUUGCAUUUUUUUUCCCGUAGUUACAAAAAGUAAUAAACGUCAAUACAAAAUAUAUAUACAAACAAAUUCACAUGCCUACCUUUGCUGAAUUUCUGUGUACAUGGGAUAAUAAAUCUUCCAAGAGAACUCCAAACUUG